UCCUGCUGGGCAGGAAUUCUAGGUGAGCCCGCCCCUGGAGUCUGUGAGAUCCCGGCACUAGGAAACCCGGACACCUCCCAUCCUCUUCUCGCAAUCCCGCUCUUCUCCCAGACCCCCACCAUGGGACGCCCCCCACUGGCUGCAGUCUUGGCAUGGAUAUUUCUGCUGCUGCUGGGAGCCUGGGCAGGGUGCUCACGGGCACAGGAGCCCAAGGUGCUGCAGGGCCACGAAUGUGAGCCCCACUCGCAGCCCUGGCAGGUGGGCCUGUUCCAGAGCACCCAGCUGCUGUGUGGGGGAGUCCUCAUCGAUGACUACUGGGUCAUCACAGCCGCCCACUGUAAAAAACCGAAGUACACAGUUCGCCUGGGAGAACACAGCCUUCAGAGUGAGGACUCGCAGGAGCAGGAAGUGGCCGUGGCUCGGUCCAUCCCCCACCCCUGCUACAACAGCAGCAGCGAGAACCACAGCCAUGACCUGAUGCUCAUCCGACUACGGAGACGGCCGAACCUGGGGUCUAAAGUGAAGCCCAUCGAACUGGCAGACCAAUGUCCCCAGGCUGGCCAGAAUUGCACCAUCUCAGGCUGGGGCACAAUCACCAGCCCUCGAGAGAGUUUUCCUGACACCCUCAUCUGCGCAGAAAUAAAAAUCUUUCCCCAGAAGCGGUGUGAGGACGCCUACCCCGGGAAGGUCACAGAUGGUAUGGUCUGUGCGGGCCACAGUAACGGAGCUGACACGUGCCAGGGCGAUUCUGGGGGCCCCCUGGUGUGUAAUGGUGUUCUGCAAGGCAUUACAUCUUGGGGUUCUGACCCCUGUGGGCAGCCUGAGAGACCUGGCGUCUAUACCAACCUCUGCCGAUACCGGGACUGGAUCAGGAAGACCAUAGGCAAGACGGGUUGA